CCUCCCUCCCACAGGUAUUACCCGAAAUCUCAUUCUCCGAAAAGCGAAGCUGGGGCUUCACCUGGUGCAGAAUUGAGAAUCCUCAGAGAAAGCAAAAUAAUAUGAUAGAGGACAGCUGCCCUAGGCCUGCUUCUUCCGAUGAAGCUUCUGCUAUUAGACAACGAAAGAAGAGAAAGUGGGAUCAGCCUGCAGAGUCAUUGGUUUCCGCCGGAGUUGCACUACCUGGGGUUCUUCCAUUGGGCAAUGUGGGACCUCUUGUUGGGAUUCCGCUUGCUGGUGUAGCUCCACCAUCUAGUGCUCUUUUGACAAAUGUGACCAUACCCCCGGUGUUUCAAACAUCUUCAAUACAGCAACAUGCUUCUGCAAUCGUCCAAAAAUUAAAUCAACCAAAGAUCCAAGAUGAGUUAAUUGCACGAGAGAUUAUUAUAAACGAUGCAGAGUCUACUGUUCGCUACAAGCUCACAAAACGGCAGAUGCAGGAAGAGAUUCAGAAGUGCACUGGUGCUGUGGUGAUAACUAGGGGCAAGUAUCGUCCUCCUAAUGCUCUGCCUGAUGGGGAAAAGCCUCUAUAUCUUCACAUUUCUGCUGGAGCUCACUUAAAAGAUACUGCCGAACGUAUUAAAGCGGUUGAUCGUGCGGCUGCCAUGGUUGAAGAAAUGCUGAAACAGGGUCAGAAUUCCGAGUCAGUUCCUUCCAAUUCUCAUUUGGCUGGAAACACUGGGGUUACUCAGGCACCGAGCACAUGUGUGUUUUUGGGCUUUGAAGCAGACCCGUCCUUGAACAUUGCCGCUUGUAUUCGUGGACCAAAUGACCAGUAUAUAAAUCACAUUAUGAAUGAAACAGGAGCAACUGUCUCACUAAGAGGACGUGGUUCAGGAAAUUCUGAGAGUCCAAAUGGCGAAGGACAGCAACCACUGCAUUUGUUCUUGUCAAGUAAUAAUCUAAAAGGACUUGAAGAUGCAAAGCUUUUGGCUGAAAACCUCUUGGAUACAAUAUGUGCUGAGUGUGGUGCCUCCAGGGCCUCAUCAUGUAAGGUUUAUGGUGCUGUUCCGCCCCCGCAGCAGUUAUUGGUUGGUGUUCAGAGUUCUGGGAAUGAGUUAAAUGUAAAAACAAGUUCAACUGCUUGUUUGGCAUCAUCAGCUGUGAGCUCUACACCAACUCCAUUAGUUUCCCCUCUGACCGUUCCUGGGGUUUCUACGGGAUUUUCUCAAGGAGCAGUAUCACAAUGUGGGGGAUUUUUCAAUUCUGGACAGCCUCAAUCAAACCUGGUUUGUUAUCCCCCACCUUCAUUAACUGCUGGAACAAGCUAUAGUGGAUAUGGUGGGAUAUAUCCCCAAGCCACACCUUUACAACAAGUUGCCCUAGCCCUCAGGCAGUCUCCUUCUCCUGUCACUUCCACAAUUGCUCCUUCAACAUCAUCUGCGAGCACAGUGCCAAUGUCGAGUGCUGCAUCAUUUUCUGAGAAGGAAAAACGGCUUCCACAAAGACGAAAAUUUCAGGAGUUACCAGUUGCUUUGAAGGGGCCUACAAAACCUCAACAGGUAUUUUCUCUGACCUUCUAAGAAGUUAACAGGCCGAUAUUGGACAUCUCUAUUGGACCAUUGGUUUAUAUGUGUCACAGGGUUAUCAGUUAUGGAGGUGCCAUGUGACAGGCGCUUGCUGCUUCAAAGCUUUGAUCAGGAACCAUCUAAGAUUUUAUGCUGUUUCUAUUUUUUCCUAGAUGCUAUGUAGGGGAGUUUUCCAUGUCUUUUUAAGUGCACACAAUAUUUGUGUUCUGUGGUUAUAGUAGUCCAGUGUCAGUUUCCUUAAUGGGAGCUUCAGCCAGAACCUCUUCAGGAGAAGCAUGAGAUAUGCAAAUGUCAGCAGCCAUGCAAGGAGCAGCUGAAACUGGAUUCCUAUUCCUAAAACCCAAUAACAUUUUUUCCCAUGUGUGAUAAGCACAAAUAUACACAAGAGCCCCCAAUUUGGUCUUAUUCUGUUUUGUGUUUGUGUAUCCUUUAGAGCUAAUCUGUUUUAACUGUAGUUCCAGGAAAGAAAUUAACUUCUAAUGUGCAUGGUCAUCUAUAGAGCCAACUCCAAACCUUCACCCAAAACACUUGAUUGCUAAUACUCGAAAAUUAAGUUCAAUAGCCUCUGGUUACUCUCAAGUACUCUCCUAGUCAUACUGUUCACUCUCCCACAAUGCUUCCUUUUGUAGGUUUCUUCCCUUUUUAUAUAAAUUUUUUUAUAGUGCUUUUGCAUUUUUAGACAGUAUCGAGUGUUCUAUCAAGAAUCAAAGUUGUUUUGAAAAUUGAUCUGUUUGAUGUAGUUAUACAUCGUUAUUUCUCUAUCAUUGAGGUAUUGGAUUUGGGAUUUUUAUUCCUUGUUACAGGGAUUGCAAUUACCAAGUGAAACUACUUCAGGUUUGACUGUGAGAAAUAGUUCGACCAUGCCAGCUCCAAGGAAGUUGGUUCAGCCAUCAUCCAGUGGAAUGCCACCACCACCUCCUAAAGGGACAAUGGGCCCACUACCACCACCACCACCAAAA